CCUGGCUACCGGCUGCGCCAACUUCCAACGGGGCAUCUCGGCCGACACGUUACGGCCGCUCGAAAUCUCCCUCCGAAUCUCUCCCCAAAACCAAUCCCCACUCGUCGGUCCGAAAAUCUAUUGCGGUUUUCACCCUCGCUCCCUCCCCGACACCCCUCCCUCGGUCUCCGAUCUCAAUUAUCCCGCGAUCGAAGAACCCUGGACGGAGAACCCAAGAUCCGGAGGUCGUUCAUGGUGAUCUUGGUCCCGAUCUCCUGAUCUGGCUGCUGGAUCUCGCGGGGGGAAAAGGUUGUGGGAGAUGGACGCGGUGUCGAUCCGGGUGCCGUACCGGCACCUGAACGACGCGGAGUUGGAGCUCGUCGGGUUGGGAGAUCCCAACGGCGAGAUCAAUGAAUCCGGGGGUGGCUUGAGCCGCCGUCCCGUCUCUUCCUCCGCUCCUUCUUCUUCUUCUCCUCAUUCCGAUGAUUCUCCUCGGCCGGUUCAGAGGAGUAGCCUCAAGACGCUGAUUUUUAGUUGCAUGGUUGGCGCUGGCGUGCAGUUCGGAUGGGCGCUGCAGCUCUCGCUCUUGACGCCUUAUAUCCAGACAUUAGGAAUAGACCAUGCCUUUUCUUCAUUCAUUUGGCUUUGUGGGCCUAUUACUGGCUUUGUAGUUCAGCCAUGUGUUGGUAUAUGGAGUGAUAGAUGCCAUUCAAAAUAUGGAAGGAGGCGACCAUUUAUUUUAGCUGGAUGUCUCAUGAUAUGUCUCGCUGUAACUUUAAUAGGAUUUUCUGCAGACAUUGGAUACUUUUUAGGUGACACCAAGGACCAAUGCAGUACUUAUAAAGGUCCCCGAUAUCGAGCAGCUGGUGUAUUUAUUUUUGGCUUUUGGAUGCUGGAUCUUGCUAACAACACAGUGCAGGGCCCAGCCCGAGCUCUUUUGGCUGAUCUUGCAGGUCCUGACCAGCGUAAUUCGGCAAAUGCAAUAUUUUGCUCAUGGAUGGCUUUUGGAAAUAUUCUUGGCUUUUCAUCUGGUGCAAGUGGAAAUUGGCACAGUUGGUUUCCCUUUCUGACGACAAAAGCCUGCUGUGAAGUUUGUGGAAAUUUGAAGGCAGCCUUCUUAGUUGCUGUGGCCUUCCUGAUGUUCUGUAUGCUUGUGACUCUGUAUUUUGCUAAAGAAAUCCCACUGGAAGCAAGACCUGAACAGCGGCUAUCAGAUUUUUCUCCUCUACUUAAUAAUUCCCAGCAACAUGGCCAUGUAUUAUCACAGGCAAAUUUGGGGCAGCAUGAUAGUGGUCAAGGUUCUGAAAUCUUGGGCAGAGCUAACUCUGAUGGUCAUUUGGAUUUUAAUUCCGAUGUUAACAGGGACCAAGUUGAAGCCUUUAGUAAUGGACCUGGGGCAGUCUUGGUUAAUAUCCUAACAAGUUUAAGGCAUCUACCGCCUGGAAUGCAUUCAGUGCUUCUUGUCAUGGCUCUUACCUGGGUGUCAUGGUUUCCAUUUUUCCUUUUUGACACUGAUUGGAUGGGACGUGAAGUCUACCAUGGCAAUCCAAAUGGAGCGCUAUCUGAAAGCACUGCUUAUCAAAAUGGUGUCAGAGAAGGUGCAUUUGGUUUGCUAUUGAAUUCAGUUGUCCUUGGGCUUAGCUCUUUCCUUAUUGACCCGAUGUGUCGAAGAAUGGGCGCAAGAAUAGUUUGGGCUAUCAGCAACUUUACUGUGUUCAUCUGCAUGGCGGCCACAACGAUCAUAAGUUUGUUGUCCAUCAGCGAAUACUCUAAUGGAAUUCAGCAUGUUAUUGGAGAGAAUACAGCAAUUAAAAUUGCGGCUUUGGUUAUAUUCUCGGUUCUUGGCUUUCCUCUUUCUAUUACAUAUAGUGUGCCAUUCUCUGUGACUGCAGAGUUGACUGCUGGUACAGGAGGUGGACAAGGAUUGUCUACUGGAGUUUUAAACCUUGCAAUUGUUAUACCUCAGAAGGCAGCUACAGCAUGCAGUUGGUCAAAGGACUAAGUAGUGCAUAUGCGUUAUGGAGGCCGCAUAUGCCAGGCACAUAUAUGGUUAGUAUUUUAAAUAUUUAAAUAAAAAUAAAAUAUAUAUUGAACACAUUAAUAAUAGCAGUAAUUUUUUUAUAAAUAAUAUCAAUAUUAAUAAUAAUAAUGCCUAGCAAUUAGUGCUUACUACUUAGUACUUAAUUCUUAAAAGCACUAAUUAUAGUAUAAUAAAGAUAUUUACAUUAUUGAUAUACACAUUGCUCAUUUGAGAUGCACAUCUAAGCCGACCAUCUAAAACGAAUAUUGUCUUGUGUAAGAGUGGUUCUGUAUAUGGUCAAACAAUGCUGAAAGGGCCACAUUUGCUGUCAGAAAAUGAUAGAUAGGUUGCAUAUGCAAUCAUAAUGCCGAUUCUGCUGCAUAUAUACGUCCACAUGGUGCUGAAAGAACUAUUUUUUGGCCCCUACAUCCAACUGCAUUUAGUAGCCCUGUAUCAGGAAUAGCAGGACAGUUAGGGGACUGCAUGUGCAUAUACAAUCUCAUGCACCAUAUUUUAAAAUACUGGUUUUUCUAACGAUACUACUAAAGUGAUCGAUUCAUAGACCUUUUCCCCUUUAGCCAACUUAAGAGAGGGUAGAAUUCUGUGGGCAUGUUUCUUCUGAAUAAUACUGUCUAUUACUUGCUAAUUAUAUGUGC